AUGGCAGGCACCGGCCCGAAGCGGCGCGCGUCCGCGGCCCCCGCGGCGGCCGAGGAGGAGGAGCGGCAGGCGCGGGAGCGGAUGCUGGCGGCGCGGCGCGGGGACGGCGCGGAGGGCGCCGAGGGCGCGGAGGGCGUGACCCUGCAGCGCAGCAUCACGCUGCUCAACGGCGUGGCCAUCAUCGUGGGCACGAUCAUCGGCUCGGGCAUCUUCGUGACGCCCACCGGCGUGCUCAAGGAGGCGGGCUCGCCCGGACUGGCGCUGGUGGUGUGGGCCGUGUGCGGGGUCUUCUCCAUCGUGGGGGCGCUCUGCUAUGCGGAGCUGGGGACCACCAUCACCAAGUCGGGGGGCGACUACGCGUACAUGCUGGAGGUCUACGGCUCGCUGCCCGCCUUCCUGAAGCUCUGGAUCGAGCUGCUCAUCAUCCGGCCCUCCUCGCAGUACAUCGUGGCCCUCGUCUUCGCCACCUACCUGCUCAAGCCGCUCUUCCCCACCUGCCCGGUGCCGGAGGAGGCCGCCAAGCUCGUGGCCUGCCUCUGCGUGCUGCUGCUCACCGCCGUGAACUGUUACAGCGUGAAGGCUGCCACCCGAGUCCAGGACGCCUUCGCUGCCGCCAAGCUCCUGGCGCUGGCCCUCAUCGUGCUCCUGGGCUUCAUCCAGAUCGGGAAGGGUGAUGUGUCCAAUCUGGAUCCCAAGUCCUCGUUUGAGGGCACCAAACUGGACGUGGGAAACAUCGUGCUGGCGUUGUACAGUGGCCUCUUUGCCUACGGGGGAUGGAAUUACUUGAAUUUCGUCACGGAGGAGAUGAUCAAUCCCUACAGAAACCUGCCCCUGGCUAUCAUCAUCUCCCUCCCCAUCGUCACCCUGGUGUAUGUGCUGACGAACCUGGCCUACUUCACCACAUUGUCCACGGAGCAGAUGCUGACGUCAGAGGCUGUGGCCGUGGACUUCGGGACCUAUCACCUGGGCGUCAUGUCCUGGAUCAUCCCCGUCUUCGUGGGCCUGUCCUGCUUCGGCUCUGUCAAUGGGUCCCUCUUCACGUCUUCCAGGCUGUUCUUCGUGGGGUCCAGGGAGGGCCAUCUGCCUUCCGUCCUCUCCAUGAUCCACCCACGGCUCCUGACGCCCAUGCCCUCCCUCGUGUUUACGUGCAUCAUGACCCUCCUGUACGCCUUCUCUAGAGACAUUUUCUCCGUCAUCAACUUCUUCAGCUUCUUCAACUGGCUCUGCGUGGCCCUGGCCAUCAUCGGCAUGCUGUGGCUUCGCUACAAGAAGCCCGAGCUGGAGCGGCCCAUCAAGGUGAACCUGGCCCUCCCAGUGUUCUUCAUCCUGGCCUGCCUGUUCCUGAUCGCCGUGUCCUUCUGGAAGACCCCCGUGGAGUGUGGCAUCGGCUUCACCAUCAUCCUCAGCGGCCUGCCCGUCUACUACUUCGGGGUCUGGUGGAAAAACAAGCCCAAGUGGCUUCUCCGUGGCAUCUUUUCCACGACGGUCCUUUGCCAGAAGCUCAUGCAAGUGGUGCCCCAGGAGACGUAAGCGAGAAGGGCCGAGAAGCUGCCGGAAAGAAACGCACAAAGAUUGUGAUAAAACAACUCACCUCGAAAAGCGACUCUAGUCCUGUCAUCCAGGCAGCUCAGCUGAGCGCCCCACACCGUCCCUCCGCCGGGUCAGGGGGCCGGGGCCACAGUAAAAACUGGUACGAAUCUAGUCCCAGAAAGUGAACUUCCACCCUUACCUCCGUGAGCGGUGGACCGAGGAGAGGCCGGGCCCCUGGCGCCCCGCGGACCGUUGGCCACGUUGGGCCCGUCUCCUUCCCACCUUGGUUUAUUUGUAUUAUUUUUUUAACUUAAGUUUUAGGUCAAGUUGACGACACCACGAUGCUUAGUUUCUAAAGAACUGAGGGGGAGCGGGGAGAGUUUCCCCUCACGCCCCCCCCAAGGCACGAUUGCCUCAGAGGGACCAGGUCGUUUGCGGCGCGCGACCCUCGGCCUGGUCUCGGUGCAGGCUCCCGGGAAGGGAGGGAUUCUGAGCACCAGACACUCCAGUCCCACGAACAGAGCGCCCAACACUCCGGCCUCGCCGCGUGGACCUCAGAGCUGCACUGACAGACGGCGGCCCAGACCACACGCUUGGCUUUUUUUGUCGUCGCUUGUUGCUGUCGUAGACGUAGUGACUUAGCGAACACUAAUCUCGGGACUUAGGUCUCUUUGCCUUAAAGACCCAAGGGUAGAUUUCCUCUCCCGUCCCCAGAAGAGAGAAGAGAAAGUCACUAGAACAGCGGCCUUCAGAGAGUGACGCUGGCCCCAGCUCCACACAAGGCGGGUCCCGAGCCCGGUGCCUGCUGUAGGUGGGGGCCUCCGACGGAGGUCACGGGCAGCUGGACGAUCCCGGAGCUGAGCCGCCACCGGUGUGCACUACCCAGGAUGUCGGUGCAGAGCCAGCUCCGGGCCAGACCCCAGUCACCCGGGAUGCACUGGGCUUCCGACCUCGUACGUCCCGCCCUGGACGCCAGCCUCAGCAACGGCAGCGCCAUGGCAGGACUCGGACGUCUUCUGUGCCCGCCGGACGUUGGGCCGUGGGUGGCACCGCCUCCAGCCCGCUCUGCAUCCAGCAUCAGAACCGGGCUAUAGCUUUUUCAGGCAAAGCCCCAGACUCGGAAUCUUCUAGAACCGACCAGAUGAGAAAGGCAGACACUGUGACCCCUCGUGGGCUUCCCAGCCGGGGAGUCCCUCAAGGCAGCCGCCUCCCAGCCGGGGCCUGAAGAACCGACCUCACGGGCUGGACGACACCCCAGCCAACUGCCUGGCCCCAGCCCCGGCCCCCUCCUGCACGGCCGGGCCCUCUUCACCGCUCUGACUGCUGCUCCGGAGACUUGUGUCUUUGUGGUUCCCAAGGCGCCUUCCCCAGGGGCGGCAGCUGGGGCCCGGCCAGUGUGUCCUACUCUGGCUGGCGGCCCCGGGUUACCGCUGUGUGAGGGCAGGGAGCACCGCCCUCCAGGGUUGUGCAUCUCCCGCCAGACCCCCAUCUUAGGCCCCGGGUGGCUCUGUUUUGGUCCCUGACUGCUGACCACCUCCCCAGGGGCGCGCUGAGCUGAGCCCUCAGGCGUCCGGAGGCUGAGAAGUGGGCCGGGCCGCCAAUCCUCCUGCUUGGGGACGGAGCACAGCGCUGGCUCUGGGGGGACGCAGGGGGCUGGGGGGCGGGUG